AUUAAGACUUGCCUCUUUUGGAAUACAUGCUCCACCCCCUGUGAAUUCGUAAAACCCCCUGUUUCUCUUGUCUAGCUUUAUGCUUCUAAGUUAUAUAAAGUAGGACUUUAGACGCACUCUCUCACUUUCUGCAAAACAAACCUCUCAGUCUCUGAGCUUUACACACACACACACACACACACACACACACACACACACACACACAUAUGAACGCACACACAUUCGGGAGCUCUCAAAAGCAAAGACACACACACACACAAAAUCACACACACAGGCGUACACACACAGACACGCAGAGAACUGGGAAGUUAUUACCGCCUCACUGAGCGGCAGCGAACAACAGGCUUUCUAGAAAGUCGGACAGCCAGCCCGGAGAAAAGAAGGUGUGGAAAAGCUGCCCAUGGCUGACUUGAGCUUCAUUGAAGAUUCUGAACCCUACACGGGAAAGGAGGAAGAUGAUGAAGAGGAGGAGGAGGAAGGUGUGGAGUGGGGCUACGAGGAAGGAGUUGAGUGGGGCUUGGUGUUUCCUGAUGCUAAUGGAGAAUAUCAGUCUCCUAUCAACUUAAAUUCAAGAGAAGCAAGAUAUGACCCCUCACUGCUGGAUAUUCGUCUAUCUCCAAAUUAUGUGGUGUGUCGUGACUGUGAAGUCACUAAUGAUGGACAUACGAUUCAGAUUGUUCUUAAAUCAAAAUCAGUCCUCACAGGAGGGCCAUUGCCUCAAGGGCAUGAAUUUGAACUAUAUGAAGUCCGAUUUCACUGGGGGAGAGAAAACCAGCGUGGUUCUGAACAUACUGUUAACUUCAAAGCUUUCCCCAUGGAGCUUCAUCUUAUCCAUUGGAAUUCCACCCUUUAUAGCAGCAUUGAUGAGGCUGUGGGGAAAACACAUGGAAUAGCUAUCAUUGCUUUGUUUGUUCAGAUAGGGAAAGAACACAUUGGCUUGAAGGCAGUGACUGAUGUUCUCCAGGAUAUUCAGUACAAGGGGAAGACUAAAAUAAUACCCUGCUUUAAUCCAAAUACUUUGUUACCAGAUCCUCUUCUGCGUGAUUAUUGGGUAUAUGAAGGCUCCCUUACUAUCCCACCUUGCAGUGAAGGUGUUACUUGGAUCUUAUUCCGAUACCCUUUAACUAUAUCCCAGAUACAGAUAGAGGAAUUUCGAAGACUGAGAACCCAUGUUAAAGGUGCAGAGCUCUUAGAGGGUUGUGAUGGAAUUUUAGGAGACAACUUCAGGCCCACUCAACCACUCAGUGACAGAGUAAUCCGAGCUGCAUUUCAAUAGCCAAAGAGAAUAAGAACGAAUUAAUUAAUCUUCAUCCAGUUCUUUCUUUGGAUGUGGAUAGCAUUCUUUCUCACAAGUCCCUCAGAAUUGUCCUGGGUCAUUGCAUUGCUACUAAUAGAGAAGUCCAUUACAUUCGAUUGUACCACCGUGUAUCAGUCUCUGUGUACAAUGCUCUCCUGUUUCUGCUGCUUUCAGUCUGCAUCAGUUCCUGGAGGUUGUUUCAGUUCACAUGGAAUUCAUCCAUUUCAUCAUUCCUUUCAGCACAAUGGUAUUCCAUCACCAACAGAUACCACAAUGUGUGCAGUCAUUCCCCAAUCAAUGGACACUCCCUCAUUUUCCAUUUUUUUUGCCACUACAAAGAGUGGGGCUAUGAAUAUUUUUGUACAAGUAUUUUUCCUUAUUAUCCUUUUGAGGUACAAAUCCGGCAGUGAUAUUGCCAGAUCAAAGGGCAGACAGUCUUUUAAAGCCCUUUGGUCAUAAUUUGAAAUUGAUUUCCAGAAUGGUUGAAUUAAUUCACAAUUCCACCAGCAAUGCAUUAGUGUCCUGCUUUUGCCACAAACCCUCCAAUAUUUAUUAUUUUCCUUUACUGUCUUAUUGGCCAAUCUGCUAGGUGUGAGAUAGUAUCUCAGCAUUGUUUUGAUUUAUAUUUCUCUAAUUAUGAGAGAUUUAUAAAACUUUUUCAUGUGCUUAUUGAUAGUUUUGAUUUAUUUAUCUGAAAACUGCCUAUUCAUGUCCCUUGCCCAUUUAUCCAUUGGGGAAUAGCUUGAUUUUUUGUACAAUUGACUUAGUUGUUUAUAAAUUUGAGAAAUCAGUCCUUUGUCAGAGGUUUUUGUUAUAAAGAUUUUUCCCUCCAAUUUUUAGUUCCUUUCUAUUUUGAUUGCAUUGCUUUUGUUUGUGCAAAAUCUUUUUAAUUUAAUGUAAUAAAAUAUUUAUUUUAUAUUUUGUAAUAUUUUCUAUCUCUUGCUUUGUCUUAAACUUAAACUUUUAUCUUUUAAUCUUUUCUAUUUGAGAAACCUGGCUCCUUCCUCUCUUUUUCAGAGGAAUUUUGAGAGUGGUUCUGAAGUCAAGGGGCCUGGGUCCAUGUCUUGCCUCUCAUGCUUAUUACAUGUCUAACUUUAGACAAAUCAUUUGACAUCUCUUAUUCUCCAUUUCUUCAUCUAUAAAAUGAAGGGUUUGGUUUAGAUGGCUUCUAACACUAGAGAUUCUUCAAAAGAAGGUAUUUUAUGACUGCUUUCCUACUAUAAGGUUACUAAUAAAACCACUGCUUUUCACAAGUGGAAAAAUUCUGACAGUUUCGUAGGUAAAAAGGACAAAGUCACUUUAGGAAUUACUUCUUACUAUAUUUACUUCAACUAUAUUUACUUCAACAACUUACUAUAUUUACUUCAACUUCUUAAUUCUUAUGCUGGCUAACAACUUUCAUUUUUCAUUUCAUUCUAGUAGUAAGAAUGAGAAAAGUGAAGAAAAGGUAUACUUUGGUGAAGCAUCUCUGAAAUCUGAGGUCACUUGGCUAAGAAAGGGAAGGUAUAAGAAUAUAGCUAACAAGGAUUAGAGGAUCUAAUGAUUUUUUUUAAGUAUGAGAAAGAUUCAGGCAUGUUUGUAAAUUGCAGGUAAAGAACCUGUUGAUAGGGGGAGAGUGAAGAUUAGAGAUGGACAGAGUGUUGAGAGCAAUUUGCUAGAAAUUAUGGGAGGGAAAAUAAGAUCAAGGUUACAUGUGCAAGGGUUGGCCCUGGAAAGGAAGUUUACCUUUUCUUUAGUGAUUUCAAGAGAGCAGGAGAUAGAGAGGAAUAAUUUCAGGGAGAUGCAAGAUUGGGAGAGGAGAAAAAGGAGCUCAAAGUGGAUGGUCUUAAUUGUUGUUUUGAUUGAGUAGGAAAAGAGGUCCUCAAUUAAGAAGAGAGGAGAGGGAAUGGUGUUGAAGACGUGGAAAAAGAAGAGAACAUUUGGAAUAGGCUGUACUGAGUAAGAUAGAGGAUCCAUUAGACAGUUGUAGAAGAAUUAAUCUAGUCAGGACCUAAUUGUGAUUAGAUAACAAAUUUGUAGGGGAUCCUUUCAGCACAAUUUCUUGUCAUCUUCUAUUUCUAAUCAAAAGAAUGUGAUUAGGAGUAAAGAAGUGAACUUUGGAAGUAAUGCUGCAUAAUUUUAUCUAUGACUAUUCAAUAGAAUUUAUAGUCAAUUAACCCAAGGCUUUCUUUUUGCCUUUUAAAAAAAUAUAUUUUUUGGAUGCCAAUGCAAUAUUCAGACUGAGUGGUAGUAGUACUAUUCCUAUUCAUUAUGUCCUGAGGAACCUAUUUGUUGAACUAAUAAGAACAUUAGAAAAGUCUAUUUUCUUCUAGGUCCAUGUAUUUAGAUCAUAACAAAGAAUCUUCUAAGACAUUCAAAUGAAUGAUAGCUAUUCACUUUUAGUGAUUCAAGAGGGCACAAAUGAUACUACCAGAAGGAACCUCAAAAGUAUUACCCAAAUUGUGUUUUUUUCCUCUGUUGCCUAGGGAGGAUAUGCAGAAGAGAAAAAUUAAUUUGGGAAGCAAAUAGCUUAAUAAGAAUGUAGUUUCUGAAAAUAGGAUUAGUCUUUCUGGAUCAUGGCCUUAAUAAAGGAUUGGAAGAUUACUGGUCGGGGAUGGAGUAUACCUAACAAAUCUGGUUUAAAGUAUUUUCCACCUACCUUGAAAACUUAAUCCAAAGGACUUUAACCUAAAAAGAACAAUGGAGGAAGAAGACUACCUUUGUAUAUCCCCAAAGUAGGUAUUAGAGGAUAUAACCUCAAGAAGGAAAAAUAAUAGCAGGUGACAAAUCCAGGAAUUUACAGGGGACAAAACACAAGAAAAGAAUAAAAUGCCAAGGCAGAAAUGCCCAAAGUUUAGGCAGUAAACAAAAGGAAGUCUUAGAGGUUCUAACACCAGGCAAAUUUGACUUCAUAAAUUCUAUUGAGACUUUGUGAGAUGAAACCAAUGACUGAAUUAUAGCCCUGGAUUUAUAUAUACCGUAUUCAAAACAAACAGAAUAUGUAAAAGAGGUUUUAAGCAGUAUUGCAUAUACUCAUGUGAAGAAAGUAAACAUGCAAAGGGAAGAAGCAUAAUGGGCAGUAUUUGGAUGAAGAUCAAAAAAAGAGAUAGAAAUAAUUUUGAAAAAUGGGAUUAUUAGUGUGAUCACUCCAUCUUAGAGUUUGUGAUAAAGGAGAGGAAAACUAGGUAGAGACUGGCACAGUCCUUAGAUUUUUGGAAAUCAAAUUUCAAAGGAAUCCUAUUGACUGAAAUGUUCACUUCUUUGAAGUGAGUGGUCUUAUUGUUGUUAUUUUUGAUCAAGUAUGAAAAGAGGUCCUCAUCUGAGUGGGGAGGGGAGAGAAAGGUGUUGGCGCAUUGGGAAGAAACAUCCAGAACAACCACUAUGGUGGGUGAGAUAGAGAAAGUCAAUUGAGGAUGGUUGGGAGAAGCUCAGGUUCAUAAAAAGAAAUAAUAAAGUGAUUCAGAAAGGAAAAUGAUAAAAAAUAUGAGACUUCUCUGGAAAUGUCAAUGUAGAUACACAAGGAACUCAUCAGCUACCUUAGAUUUAAGAAAGAACUGUUCAGAAGACAGAAACCUAUCUAAGUUACAGAACAUGAAUAUGAGUUAGGUAUCGAUUUACAAAAUUCUUGUCAAGAAUGUUAAAGUUGGAGAAGAAGUAAAGGAUAAUAAAUAGGGUAUUUUUAAAAAACAGGAUGAUAAUAAAAGAUAGAAUUUUUGUUUGGUUUGGAUGGGGUGAUGAUACCUGACAGCACAGAGAAUGAAGAACUACUCAAUUUUCAUUUUAUUUUGGUUUUCUAUGCCACCAUGGAAAUGAUAGGACAAAAAUGUCUAGUAGAGUUGAUACUCAAGAUAAGUGAGGAGACAAAAACGUUUAGCUGUGGGACCAGAUGAACAACAUCAUUGGGUCCUGAAACUUUUGUCAGUUGUGGUUGCUGAGUCACUGGCAAUGAUACUUGCAAAAUCUUAGGAAAUGUAAAGGUUCCACAAGAUUGGAGGCUAAAUCUUGUCCCAAAGAGGAAGAAACAAGAGUAUAAAACUGUAGGCCAGUGAACUUGACUUUUAUUCCUGGGAAAAUUGGCAGAUAUAUGGAAGAGGACUUGGUGAUGAAAAAGGACAAGUAUGGCUACAUCAAGAACAUGUACCAGACUAACCUUAUUGCCUUUAUUGACAGGACUACUAUACUAGUAGUUGAUAUAAUUAAACUAUAUUUCAUCAAAAACUAUGAUAAAAUAUCUCAUAUGUUCAGAAAAGAUGGAGAAGUAAAAGAAAUCAAAUUUUUAAAAAUUUACUAAUAUUUUAUUUUCUAACUCAUUUACAUGAAAAACAUUUUAACCUUAAUGUUAACCUUCUAUUUUCUUUGUUUGAACCAAAUUCUCGCCUCUUCCUCCUCUCCCCAUUCUCUGAGAGCAAGCAAUCAGAUAUAGAUUUUACAUAUAUAAUAGUGUAUAUCUCUUUCUAUAGUAGUUCUUUUGUGAAAGAGAACUCAAAACAAAUGAAAGAAAAGUGAAGAAAUGAAGUGAAAUAUAAUGUGUGUUGGUCUGUAUUCAGAUUUCAUUAGUUCUUUCUCUGGAGGUUGUAAAAAUAGACUUGAAUCCAGGACUUCAAUCCCCAGAAAUCCUUGCUCCACUUCCCCAGAGUGCUUUGUAAUCUCACUGGGUUCUUACCUGGGCCAAGAGCAAAAUCAUUAUUUAGAGGGUCUCCACCCACAUCGGGCUCUUCUCUUCCUGGCUCUGCUGGCAAACAGAUGCGUCUCAUGAUGUGAGUGAAAUUUGGGUGGGCCUCAUGGCAUACCUAGCAUGUGCUUCUCUUGCUUGUAUUUUCUUUAACCCUUGACCUUUAAUAAACCUCAUAAAAAUAAUACUCCUUGGAGAGAGAAAUUAAUUUCUACCUCUCUCAGCUUCUCAAAAUUUUAAUCUUUACAAGGUCGAUAGAAUUUUUCCUCAUAAGUUCUUGAGGAUUUUCUUAAAUCAAUGUAUUUCUAGGAAUAGCUAAGUCAUUCAUAAAUGUUCAUCAUAUAAUAUUACUUACUGCAUGCAAUGUUCUCCUGGUUCUGCUCAUUUCACUUUGCAUCAGUUGAUGUAGGUCUUUCCAGGCCUUUCUUAAAUCAUCCUCAAAUCAUUUCUUAGAGAACAGUAGUAUUCCAUUACAACCAUAUACUAGAAUCAAAUGAAAUAAAAAGUAUUUGUUUGAAUUAAAAGAGUAAUUGUCAAAAAUUCACUUGAAACUGAGCACAUGGCUGGGGGUCUUUGGUGAAGUAUCCCAAGAAUCUGUGCUUGGUCUUAUUCUGUAUUAUAAUUUUCCAAGUAGAUAUAGGAAUAAAUAACAUGCUUAUCAAAUUGUAUGAUUGCAUAAUGGGAUACCUAACAUAGAGAAUCAGGAAUCCAAAAGAGAUCUCAGCAGGUUAGAGCAUUGAAUUUAAUUAGGUAAGAUGAAAUCCAAUAAAGAUAAACAUAAAGACUUAUACUGGGGUACAGCGAUCCCUCACCUAUGGUGGGAGUUAUGUUCCAGAUACCCCUUUGAUAGGUGAAAAGUUCUUGAAGUUGUGGGUUGUAUUUAUUUUAUUAUUUAUAUAUAUUUCAAGGCUUUAUAAACCCUUUCCACUCUCCUAUAAAUCUUUUCCACACUCUUAUUAGCCUUUCCCACACUCUUAUAAAUGCUGAGCCAAUCAGUACCCAGGAUACAGAACACAGUGCUGUGGUUGGUCCUGCCAUAUAGUGAAAACUCCUCCAUACAGAAUUAUAUAU